UGUGCUUAUUUAGGGGGGGAAGCGUACUCUCAGUGCGACCGUAUAGUGCGAUUCUGAAUGAAGGGAAGUGAGUUUGGCCGUAAGGACGGGCAGCUUUUAUGCGUUCCGCUCGGUGUAGGCGAGCGACCCCUCCUGCAGCAGCCACCUACGUUCACCAGCCUGGCAAGUCACCUCAAUGAAAAACAUCAAGGGCAGGAGAUGGAGCUCUCGAAUUAUGCCACCCAAAUGCUGCUGCAGCUCAACCAGCAACGCUCCAAGGGCUUCUUAUGCGACGUUGUUGUUAUGGUGGAUAACGCAUUGUUUCGAGCUCAUAAAAGUGUCCUCGCCGCUGCCAGCAGCUAUUUCAAGUCCCUCGUGCUGCACGAUAACCUCAUCCACCUCGAUGCCGAGCUGGUGGAGCCGGCCGUGUUCCAGAAAAUCUUGGACUUCAUUUACACCGGCAAGUUGUGCGAGGAGAGUCUGGGAACAGAGCAUGUGCAGAAUCUGAGCGCCUUUCUCACUGUCGCCAACUACCUCCAGCUCCAUGACCUGGCAAAUAUGUGUACCAGCAAACUGGAGUCUAGCAACACGUCUUGCAAGGGCUCUAAACGCAUUCAGAAUCUGCCCUUUUCAGAUUCAUCGAAACACUUGAUCAAGCGGGAGGCAGAAGACACUUCGUCUGACAUCGAGGUAUAUGCAAACAUGGUUCCUCCUAAGAAAAGACACAAUGGCGAGAACAAAUUCAGCUCGGGCGGCAAGCAAAGCUUUGGUCUGGAUUUGACCAAGAAGAGCGCCUCUCUCCGUGCUGUACAUAAUAGCAUCAGCAGUGUGCAAGAAUACACUCAGUCCUCUGUUUCCAAGACAACUGCUAAUGCUCCCCGGUCAGGUAUGGAGAGAAAGGGCUCCCUGGAGAAGACCAAAAGCCUGGGUGUUUUUGAUGGAACUCAAGAAUGGAAAAGGACACCUUCUAGAGGACGCUCCAGGAGAAAAGGCAUCAACGGUUAUAUGCCUGUGAUCAAAGGUGGAAGUCAUGUGAACCAAAACCAUGUUGGAGAAAAUUCCCAAGAGCAGCCGCACAAUGAAGGAUCCAACGGUGCCAGUCCAAACUUUGUCUACAGGCAGGAGUCCUACCUUGAACAUACACAGGAGGACAACAGUUAUGUCUGUAUCCCUUGUGGAAAAGGAUUCCCGUCUUCAGAAAGCCUAAAUACCCAUGUUGAAUCUCACACAGAUGCAGACGUGAAUCAUGACCAAGUAAAAGAGGAAGGGGAUGAAGAUCCUCCUACUAUUGGUCCGCACGAAGACCUAGAGGUCAUGGAAAAAAGCCCAGCAAAGCCGUACAAAGAGCUGGACACGCUGCGACCGUUCCCUUGCAACAUCUGCGGCAAAAUGUUCACGCAGCGCGGCACCAUGACGCGUCACAUGCGCAGUCAUCUUGGCCUGAAGCCUUUUGCCUGCGGGGAGUGCGGCAUGCGCUUCACGCGGCAGUACCGCCUGACCGAGCACAUGCGUGUCCACUCGGGAGAGAAGCCCUACGAGUGUCACGUCUGCGGGGGCAAGUUUACACAACAAAGAAACCUCAUCAGCCACAUGCGCAUGCAUACCUCACCAACUUAGACUUCGAGAGUUGCAAUAGGCCAUGCACCAAAUAUCAGCGACGCUUCUUAAACAAGUCUGGUCUAAUAAAACCACGUUACCUCAUGACAUUACAAUAAGCAAAUCUUCACUGAAUAAUAAUUGUGGAAUGUUUUCUGUGGUACUAUUUUGAAAAAUUGAAUGUGAUACCUGGUUCUUACAGUUCCCAUGCAGAACGUAUCGAUUUAUGCGCUUUAUCCUGAUAAAACAAAACCUCAUGUUUACUUGAAUACACGUGCAAAUAUUGCUACCUCAGCUAACCUCCCAAAAUCCUCAGAUGCCCUUUGAGAUUAUGUUUAUCUACAGAAUGAUCCGUUUGUAGUUUGCCCCAAUAUCUGGGAAAUAACAUGGCAUCUGAUAUAAAUCCAAAAAAAUAAACUGUAAUGAUCAGUAGAGGAAAAACACACUGCCUGUUUUUACAGCAAGAGAACAGAUUGUAAUCCAAGAUAGGGUUUGUGAUAAGGAUUAGCAGGACAAGGGUUGUUACCUGAUGUUUCAUGAAGCAUUUAGGGCAUGUGUGGUGUACAGUUCCAAAGAAAUAAUGAAUGUUGAAAGAUAAUUCAAAUACUGUAUUACUGUAACCAAAUCUAUAUUCUUACAAUAUACGUAUUUAAGUGUAAUUUAUGUGUACGAUCACAGAUGUCCGUUUUUUUUUUUGUUAGUCCUCCUGCGCCCCUCCCUCCCCGUGGGCUUUAUUCCAUGAAAAUGCUUAUGUAAGUCCUUUCCUUUAGAUUUUCUUCAUGCUUAAAUCCUUUUUACAUUUAUAAAACUAUUGAUGACCUGAGACCAAAAGGACUAUGGAUGUAAAUUUUUUUUUUUUUUUUUUUUUUUUUUGAAGAAUUUGCUUGGUUGCUCAUUGAUUGCAGGGUUUUGAUUGUUAUAGCAUGAGCGUUUUAAUCUUCGAAUCCUUCGAUCAGUUAUAACACUGGGGGUUUUGAUUUGUGUGUGUGAAAUCAUUUGUGAUAUCUUUAUAUUUUGGAUGUACUCUUCUACUGUGUUGUUCCAUUCCAACAAAUUGUGCUUAUCUGUUACUUGUCAUCUACCUCAUGUUUUUUUUUUUUUUUUUUUUUUGGAUGGGGGGGGUGUCUUUUCCUCCAGGGUGUUUACCCACUUGCUGUGUUUCAGAACACACAUCUCUUUGUUGUUUACAUACUUAUUGGUCGCCAUUUUAAAGUGUUAUACCAAAUCUUAUGUAAUCUCACACUGUACCUCAGACUUGCACACUUGUAUAUUAGAAUUAUUCAUUUUGGGAAAUAAGGCCACUACUGUUACACCUGGCCAAUAGAGCAUUUUGUCAUGAUUUCAUUUCUUCCUUCUCCUUUUCGACCCCAGUAUGUGUUUACACGUUGCUGUCCUUGAUGCUGUGUGUUUGUUUUUUGUUUUUUUUAAAAAAAAAGGAGAAAGAAAGAAAGCAAAGAAAUAUGCAGGAACAUUUCUGUUUUUAUUGAUGGACCUGAAACCGUAACUGUGACUCAAACUUGGACUUUUCUCCUCAGGAAACCUCAGGGAUUGCUUUCAGGUGCAUCUGUAUUUUAUACCACCAAGCACCAGAUUACCGAUAUUUUUGCAGCUUCUUUCCUCAGUGUUUGAACACUACUGCCACAUUUAAUUAACGCCGAAGCAUUAUUUCCAGCCAACACGAGAUGCCUUCGUUAGGCGCGGCAGCUCAGUUCUGUGGUAAACUUUACACUUGUGGUAUAUUUUGUUAAUAAAAAAUGUGAAUUUCAUAUGCAUUUGGAAAGAACAUCGAUUCCCAUUGUUCAGAGAGUACGAAUUGUGACCUGUUGAAUACCAAAGCACAUUUUCACAAAAUGGAUGGAUACAUAUGAAUGACAAUGUACUUGACAUGAUACUUAUAAUUAAAUGCUGUUUAAAAUA